GCAUUUUUGGCAAAACAGAAAACUGAAGAGGGGCAUAAUCGUAAAAAGUCGUCUCUUUUUAUUUCAGCUUUGCAGUACACUACCACCACUGCAAUCAGUCACGCUUUCAUUUCACUCACAAAAGUCACUUCAAAAGGGGAAGAAAACCCUCAACGGAAGCGAUAUUCUCUCUGAUUUUUCAUUUAUGUAGAAAAUUAGAAGAACAAAAAGAAAAUCUGAUGCAUUGCGACUGAAACGAUAUGUCGUCGAAGGGGAAGGAGAAGGCGAAGGAGGUGGUUUCCGGGAAACGGAAGGUCAGCGCAGGAAGAAUCGGAAGUGGAGCCGAGGAGAGCCGUCGGAAACGGAAGAACCCUGGAGUCCUUCAGUUCUUUGAAGACGCUGCUGAUUUCGAUUAUAAUGACUCUAGCGAUGACAGCGAUUUCGAUAAUUAUUUUAUGGAAGAACAACCAGAUCUUAAUGGAAAUAACAAGUCUGAAAAAACCCAUAACCUUCCAUUUGUUCCCAAGGAAGAGGUGAUUGAGGAAGAAUUUGAUAAAAUGAUGGAGGAGCGAUACAGGGAUGGUGCUGGGUUUGUGACAUAUGCUGAAGAUUCCUAUGAAGCCAAGGGAUCAAUUGACAGAAACUCUACCGUGUCUUCUUCCAAGGAUCCUACUAUAUGGAAAGUUAAAUGUGUGGUUGGACGUGAAAGGCAUUCAGCUUUCUGUCUCAUGCAGAAGUUUAUUGACAUGAAAUCACUAGGCAAUAAAUUACAGAUAAUAUCAGCAUUCUCUGUUGAUCACAUCAAGGGCUUUUUUUACAUUGAAGCUGACAGACAAUGUGACGUUAAUGAGGCAUGUAAAGGACUUACUUAUAUUUAUUCUUCUCGAGUGGCGCCUGUUCCAAGCAAUGAAGUUUACCAUUUACUUACCGUCAGAACUAAACAUAGUGAAGUCUCCCAGGGCAUGUGGGCUCGGGUAAAGAAUGGGAAGUAUAAGGGGGACCUUGCCCAGGUUGUUGCUGUAAACAAUGAACGGAAAAGAGCAACAGUAAAGCUCAUUCCAAGAAUUGAUCUGCAGGCGAUGGCUGCAAAAUUUGGUGGUGGAGUUUCCAUCAAUCGAACUGUUACACCAGCACCAAAAUUGAUAAGUUCAUCUGAACUCGAGGAGUUUCGACCUCUCAUUCAAUAUAGACGUGACCGUGAUACAGGCAUUGGUUAUCAGAUACUAGAUGGCAUGAUGCUCAAGGAUGGAUAUCUGUAUAAAAAAGUAUCUAUAGAUUCAUUAAGCUGCUGGGGUGUUAUUCCUACAGAGGAGGAGCUCCUAAAGUUUAGCCAUUCUGAUCAUAAUGAAUCUGAUGAUCUGGAGUGGCUUUCACAACUUUAUGGUGAAAAAAAGAGAAAGAAGACCAUUACAAAUGAUAAAGGAGGUGAGAAAGGAGAGGGCUCAUCAGGGUUUGACAUGGAGAAUAGCUUUGAACUGUAUAACCUUGUCUGUUUCGGCCGGAAAGAUUUUGGGCUUAUUGUUGGCAUGGAAAAAGAUGACCGUUACAAGAUUUUAAAAGAGGCUUCAGAAGGACCAGUUGUCGUGACUGUUGAGCAGCGCGAGUUAAAGAGUGGGCCUUUGGAUACAAAGUUUACUGCUUUAGAUCAGCACUCAAAGACCAUAUCCAUUGGUGACACUGUUAAAGUCUUGGAAGGUCAACAUGAGGGUAAGCAAGGGAUUGUUAAACAAAUAUACCGAGGGACCAUAUUUUUGUAUGAUGAGAAUGAGACAGAUAAUGGUGGUUAUUUCUGCUGUAAAUCCCAAAUGUGUGAGAAAAUCAAGCAAGUUUUCGAAGCAUGCAGUGAGAAGGUUUUAAGUGAAAUGAACAUAGACCUCCCUCUCUCUCUCCUUCAUCUUGAAAUUCUCAUGAUCUAUAAUGAAUUUUCUAUUUUUAAUCAGGGUGGUGAGCCUGUUACUACAGACUUUGGGGAUUUUAUGUCAUCUCCUAAGUCCCCAUCGUCGCCCAAAAAACCAUGGCAAGAAAAGGAAACUAGAAGUCAUUUCGACAGAGGGAACAGAGAUGGAAUGUUCUCUGUUGGCCAAACCUUAAGAAUACGGGUGGGCCCUCUGAAAGGGUACCUUUGCCGUGUACUUGCUGUGCGAUAUUCAGAUGUUACUGUGAAGCUGGAUUCUAAGCAGAAGGUUCUUGCAGUUAAAAAUGAGCAUCUUGCUGAGGUCCAAGGGAAGAGCUUUGCUGCAAAUACAAGUGGUCAUGACGGGUCCAGUUCAUUCAAACCAUUUGAUAUUCUUGGAACAGAAGGCUCGUCUGGAGAUUGGUUGGGUACUGCGGGAACAUCAGCUGAGGGUGGUGGAUGGAAUGCUGAAAGGAGCUCCUGGCCUAGUUUCUCUGGGCCUGGCCAUUUGCACCAGUCAGAACCCAAUCAUUCAAAUCUAUUUGGUUCUGGUGACACUAAUCUGAAUAAAGAUGGUGAAGACAGUGCCUGGGAUUGCAAGGUGACUUCAAACCAGAAUUCAUCUUGGGGUGCAGCAAUUGGUUCUGGGGAUAAUGAUAAAAAAACAGAUGGUGCGUCUACUGCUUGGGAAAACAAGGCAAGCACAAAGGAGAAUUCAGCUUGGGCUACAGGUGGCAGUGACCAAGUUGUUAGUUGGGACAGUUGGAAUAAAGCUGCUUCCAAGCCUGGCUCUGGCAGUGAUACAUCUGAUGCUUGGGGUAAAGCUAUAACCUUUAGUGGAGAUCCAUCAGGUGCUUCCAAAGAGGUCGGAGGCAGCUGGGGUCAAGCAAAACUUGAAAUUGGAAAUCCUUCUGAUUCCUCAAAUUUCCCCUCUUGGGAGAAAGAUACAAAUAUAAAUGCUGCUAAGGACAGUUGGAAAAAAUCUGAAAGUUGGGAUAAAGGGAAGAAUGCUACUCAAAGCUCAUCUGGUGCGUGGGAUAAUGUAAAUGCUGAAAAAAAUCAAGUAAAUUUGUGGGGCAAAGGUAAAGGUAUGGUUGAGGCAGGUUCAUGGGAGAAGAGCGAAAAGUCUAGUGAGGGCCAUUGGAACAAUAAUGCUUUAGGGUCAAAUCAACAGGAAAGUUGGGGUAAAAAGAAGGAUGUUAGUGGUAGUGAAGACGGUUCUUGGGGUAAAGCUGCAGAGAAAUGGAGCAAUAAAGAUGGUUCUGGUAGAAGCAAGGGAAAUUGGGGAAGUUCAACAAUUGCAGCAGAAGAUGCUAAGGGAGGUUGGCGAAGUGCAGAUGGAUCUUUAACCAAAUCAGAAGCAGUGAACGCCGAUGAAUCAAGUGGCUGGAAGAAAUCCAAUGAUUUUGGUGGGAACCAAUCUACAAACCGGAACAGCAGGAAAGAUGCAAGUGAAUGUGCAACAGGCUGGACUAAAGAUGGAUCCCAGAAUCAAUUUGAUGGCUGGAAUAAAGGAAAGGUUGCUGAUGUAGGAACUUCUUGGGGCAAACAGGAUGGAGGUUCAUCAUGGAGCAAACAACUCAGGGGAUCAUCAUGGGGUGAACAGCCUCCCGCAAAUGUAGGGAAUGAUUCCAAGGGAUGGAAGAGCCAAAAUGAUGGUUGGAAUAAACCAAGAAGUUCAGGCAGCAAUCAGGGAUCUGCUGGUUGGGACACCGGGAAGAUGGAAAGUACAAAUGGUACAACUGUUGAGGAUUCUGGUUGGGCUAAGAGAGGCAAUUGGAACUCCAAAUCUGGUAGUGGAGCAGGCCAGGAUACUAAUCGGGCUAGGAAUAAUGAUUUGGACUUGGUAUCUGGUCAUGCAACCAAAGAUUCCAGUUGGGGGAAGAAAAGUGACUGGAACUCAGGAUCUGCAGUGGCAAAUCAGGAUUCAAACUGGGGUAAGAAAAGCAGUUGGGGUUCUGGAAAUAUUGAUGCUGGCCAAGACACUGGUGGGAGAAAAAGGGACAGUUGGAAUUCUGGUUCUGGUAAUGCCAACCAGGAUCCUGGUUGGGCUAAGAAAAAUGAUUCGGACUUUGGAUCUGGUGAUGCAACCAAAGAUUCUAGUUGUGGAAAGAAAAGCGACUGGAAAUCAGGAUCUGCAGAUGCAAAUCAGGAUUCAAACUGGGGUAAAAAAAGCAGUUGGGGUGCUGGUACUAUUGAUGCCAGCCAAGACUCUGGUUGGAGCAAAAGGGGUGGUUGGGACUCUGGUUCUAGUAGUGCAAACCAGGAUUCUGGUUGGGCUAAGAAAAAUGAUUCUGAUUUUGGAUCUGGUGAUUCAACCAAAGAUUCUGGUUGGGGGAAGAAAAGUGACUGGAACUCUGGAUCUGCAGAUGCAAAUCAGGAUUCAACCUGGGGUAAGAAAAGCAGUUGGGGUACUGGAACUGUUGAUUCUGGCCAAGACUCUGGUUGGGAUAAAAAAGGCAAUUGGAACCCUGGUUCCAGUAGUGCAGGCCAGGAUUCAGGUUGGGGCAAGAAAAGCAACUGGAAUUCAGGAUCUGGAGAAGCAAAUCAGGAUUCUGGUUGGAAACCGAAAAGCAAUUGGAAGUCUGGAACUGAAAAUGAAGACCAAAAUGAGCCUUUUAGUAAUAGGGGAAGUGGUGGAAGUUGGAGGGGAGGUUUUGGUGGUAGAGAUGGCUCAGAUAGAGGCUUUAGAGGUAGAUGGGAUACAGACAGAGGAGGUUUUCGGGGUAGAGGUAGAUCAGAUAGAGGAGGCUAUGGAGGACGAGGGAGAUCUGACAGAGGAGGUUUUGGUGGUAGAGGCGGUGAUGGAGGAGGCUAUGGAGGUAGAGGUGGUGAUAGAGGUGGCUAUGGAGGUAGAAGCGGUGAUAGGGAAGGCUUUGGAGGUAGAGGACGUGGAAGGAGGGAUCAAUAUGGGGUUUGGAACAAUGGUAGUGAUUUUGGUGAAAAUAAGUCUUUUGGCUGGAACAAAGAGGCAAACAAUGGUGAAGGGUGGAAAAAUAAUGAAGCAAAGUGUAACCAACGCUGGAAUGGUGGAACUGAUCCUGGAGGUAAGACUUGGAAUCAAUCCAAUGCUGAUCAAGGAGGCCAAUCUUCCUGUUGGAAUCAAUCCAAAGAUGCAAAAGAAGGUAGCUGGAAUAAAGGCACUGGUUCAACUAAUGAAUCUGGUGGGAGUCAGGAUAACAAAUGGAAGUCAUCCAAUUCAUCUGAUGGGACCAAAUGGUCUAGCUGGAACCAGUCAACCGGCAGCAAGGAAGUUAAACAAAGUAACAAUCAAGGACAUGGCUGGGAUAAAAGUUUAACUAAUGCUGGCGGAUCGGAUAACCAAGGAUCAAGCUGGGACAGAGGAACAGGCUCUGCUGAUCAAGCUAGGACUUGGAAUCAAUCAAAUGCUGCCGAUGAAUGCCUAUCUUCUGGUCAGAAUGAGUCAAAAGAUGUAGAAGAAACUAGUGGAAAUCAAGAUCCAUGGGGUAAGGCAGCAUCAAGUUCUUGGGGACCAGGGAGUGGUGGUGGCAAGGGAGGAUGGUAAUUAUCUGUGAAGUACUUUCAUCUUGCUUACGAGAUGGUUUAAGUGCUGUAGAUAUUUUCAUUUGUUCUCUUUCUCACAGUCGGGUUCUAAAACUGCCAUGCUUUCCUGCAAUGAUUUCACAUUUUCGACUCUGUAGAGAUCUUAACAAAGCAGGAAAGGCGCAUGUUUUGUUUUCAGGCAUUCAGUGGGCUGACUAGUGAAGACAUUUUCUGUAGUUACAGUAACCGGUUUAUGUUUAUGUUCCUUUUAGUUGGUAA